UCAGUUCAGAUCAGCCGGUUAGUCGUGAAGCAUUUAAUCCAGCUAACUAAAUAAAUUAGUUCGGAUAUCGUGGUGUGUGUAUCAGGAUCUUUGUAUCUGCAUUCUUUCUUCUUUCUGUAGAUACUCGUAUAUGUCUGUUCAGUGCACUUGGUACUUUAAGAUUCAUAGUGAAAGUUCAAUAAUUUUACUCUUCCGCACUCACCUGUGGGUUGCAUAUUUCUUAGUCUGCACUUAAUUAAAAAGUCAAAUGAAAAUGUCUGUAUCUUAAAAAUUAGCAACUUAAAUAUUUUAUCAGUGAACUAUGUUUUGUAUCUAAAUAAUUUGACUCCCGUUGGUUACCUAUAAGUUAGUAGUUAAACUCGAGGGUGUGUGCGUUGUUAUUCAUUAUUAUUAUUAUUAUUUUUAUUACUUGUAUCUCUGCAAAUUCUGUGUAAUUUAUCUGAGUGCAAACAAAACAAAAACAACAACUUCGAACACGACGAGCGACGGCGGCGAAGACGGCCACUUGUGCGAUACUUUACCUAAUUUGUGUACCCAUAUUACAGAAUGCAGAGAUAUUUGAUAUAAGAUAAACUAUCUAAAGGUGAACGCAAUUUUGAGUGCUUUUGUAUUUAUGGUGUGCGCGUUAUUAUUUUUUGUUUAGUUAUUUUGUCCUCCCACUGCGUCAACAUACAUCAUUGACGGUGUUUGUUUUAUUUUACUUUUGUAUGUGAAAUGUGUUUAUAAUUGUUCGUUGUCGGACUAACUUCACAAUCGUUAGUUUAAUAUUAAUUAUUUUCUAGGCAGUAGACUUUUUUCCAAUUAUUGAUUAAUUCAUCUUAUCAAACCAAAACAUAAACGAGUAUAAUAAAAAUACAGGAUAGUCUAAUGCAAAUAUAAUCAGACAAGCAAAGUGUUUGUUAUAUACAAAAAGAAUUCCUUAAAAUUAUGCUUAAUUAAAUAUGUCGUGCAUAUAAAAAAAUCUAUCUUAAUUAACACAAAUGGAUACUUCGGACAAAUUUUGCUGUUUCUUUUUACAAAUCAUUUUAAAAAUAUAUUAUAUUAAAAUAUAUACUUAUAAAUAUGUUUGAACAUAUAAGUAUGUUAUGUACAUAAUAUAAUAUGUAUCUAUACAAUUUUAAUCUCUUUUUUGUUUUCAUCUAAAAGAAUUCAAAGAUACCUAAACAAAACAAAUUAAGAAUUUUUUAUCAGAGGUGAUUAUUUUUCAUCUAUGAAAUAUUAUUUUCUUUUUUUUUUUUAAGAGAAAAGCAAAUGAUGUGUUUUAUGUGAUUUUUUUAGCAAACAGAAACAGAUAAAAUAUUGAAAAUAAAUAUAGAAUUAAACUCGCAGUGAAAACAAAAAAUCUGUUGUCUUUUCGACAUUUUAAAGGUGACAAGAACAUUAUAACAAAAAUAAAAAUAUACGUAUUUUUAAAAACCGGAAGAUUAUUUAAAUUUGAUUUAAUAAGGAAACCUUACGCAUGUAAGAAAUUUUAACAUUUAAAAUAAUCAAUUUUCCCAAAAUCGUAGAGGAUAACAAACAUAAAUUCAUUGGAUGUAAAACCACUUUAUACACAAAAAUAAGAACGAUGACCUCACAGAAAUGGGAAAAACUGUCACCAAGUGAAUUCCAGCACUUACAGGAGCUUGCGUCAUACUCAACACGAAAGCUGCAGGAUGUGCUCCAGGAGUUUUGUUCCCCCCAAGCGCCAGCGAAAUUUGUUCCUGAUGGCGAAAUUGACUACGAUGGCUUUCGACGGUUUUUGGAUGCCUUUUUGGACUGUGAGGCUCCACAGGAACUAUCGAAACAUUUGUUCAUAUCCUUUUUGAAGCCAAAUAUCACGCAAUCACAAAUACAUGGAAAGGCACUUAACCAAAUGGCGGCAAUUAGCAGUACUGCAGCAUGUGCUCCAGUCACAUCGCACACAAAGGGAUCAAUUCCAAAUAUAAAUAGCAUAGCAGAUAUUCAACCAACCAUUACGACGACGGAGGUGAAGCAGAGCUUUGUGGAAAAGUUUCAUGGUAUCACAGAUAAACUUCAUUGUUCUUUAGGUCAUUUAGGUCAUGAUCCUAGCAAAACAGGAAGUGUACAUCCUAUGGUUACUGUUACGCCAAGCCCCAUGGGUGGAUCGAACAUAUUUCAGUCUGCCGCCCGCCGUUCCAUCGACUCGAGCCCAUCACAUUCACAACACACGCAGAGUCAUUCGCAAAUGUCACGUAAUUCAUCGAAAAAGAGCAACAAUUCAGUUAAUUGCAAAAUAGACGCUGACAUGAAACUUCUUACUCGUAAAAUGUCAUUCCUUGAUCCAUUGUCACUGAAAGUAGCGCUGAAGGAUGUGGUUUGCUAUUUGUCUCUCUUGGAAGCUGGACGGCCAGAGGAUAAACUUGAAUUUAUGUUUCGAUUGUACGACACGGAUGGCAAUGGGGUAUUAGAUACUGCGGAAAUGGAUGCUAUUGUUAGCCAAAUGAUGUCCGUAGCAGAAUAUCUCGGAUGGGAUGUUAGUGAAUUGAGACCGAUACUGCAAGAAAUGAUGGUGGAAAUUGACUAUGAUGCUGAUGGCACAGUCUCCCUAGACGAAUGGCAAAGGGGAGGCCUUACAACAAUACCACUCCUAGUUCUUCUUGGAGUGGAUAACACAGCCCUUAAAGAAGACGGAAUUCAUGUGUGGAGGCUGAAGCACUUUAGUAAACCUGCAUAUUGUAACCUUUGUCUGAAUAUGUUAGUUGGCUUGGGAAAGAAAGGGCUUUGUUGUGUGCUAUGCAAAUAUACAGUACACGAGAGAUGUGUACAGCACGCUCCAGCAUCCUGUAUCACAACCUACGUUAAAUCAAAGAAAGCCAAAGGCGGGGGUGACCUCUUGCAUCAUUGGGUCGAAGGCAACUGCUAUGGGCGUUGUUCCAAGUGCAGAAAACGUAUAAAGGCGUACCAUGGGAUAACAGGGCUAACAUGUCGAUGGUGUCACAUGAUGCUACACAACAGAUGUGCUUCGUCUGUAAAAAAAGAAUGUUUACUCGGUGAGUAUGCUGAUUUAAUUGUCCCGCCUACUGCAAUCUGCCCAGCUGUCCUCGAUAGACAACGAUCAGUUAAUCAAUCAAAUAGUUUUAAGGUUACACAUUUUCAAAUAACACCAUCAGAAACAGGAUGUCCGCUUCUUGUAUUCGUCAAUCCAAAAAGUGGUGGACGACAAGGCGAUCGUAUAUUGAGGAAAUUUCAGUAUAUGCUUAAUCCACGGCAAGUGUAUGACUUAUCUAAAGGUGGACCCAAAGAAGGGCUAACAUUGUUCAAGGAUUUGCCAAGUUUUAAAGUCAUUUGUUGCGGUGGUGAUGGCACGGUUGGUUGGGUCCUCGAGGCAAUGGAUUCUAUUCAACUGCAAUCACAACCAGCCAUUGGUGUGAUUCCAUUGGGGACAGGGAACGACUUAGCUCGGUGCCUGAGAUGGGGCGGCGGGUACGAGGGUGAAAAUAUACCCAAGCUAAUGGACAAGAUAAGUAGAUCGACUAUUGUGAUGCUAGAUCGAUGGAGUAUAGAAGUGACUAAUUCUGGACAAAUAGAAGAGAUUUUAAGGCCAAAGGUCACUCUUCAUUCGAAUAUGCAAAAAGUUAUUGAAUUAUCCCAGCGGGUUAUUGUCGAAAAGUCUGUUAUUGAAUCCUACGAAGAAGUUCAUAGCAACGGUACGAACACCACAACCAAUGAAUUCACUAAAGAAAACAAUAUGCGGAGCAUAUCAAUGUCCACAAUCCAAACAACCAAAACCCGUGAAGAGCACAGCCAAUUCAGAAGUACAAGUCCUCCAUCGUCGCUUUCUCAUUCUCAUCCUCCUCAUCUAUCAUCACUUCAAUUAAAGCCACAGGAGGAUACAACAGAAGAUAUACACACAAAAGACUCAAGCAAAACGGAUGCAGAUAAUCAAAAUAACAAUCAACAACCAAUGUCAGGAUAUCCAUCGACAACAACAUCACCAAUGGCGUUCGCUGUCAGCAGUCUCACAAUACCAUCGACACCAACAACGCCAACAAUAUUCGAUGCAAAUAGUAAUCCUCAAAUGCCACCUUUAGAAGUGGAUUUAGGAGAUGGUAAUGGCAACAUUCCACUGGCCACCUCCGGGAGCAUUCAAAGCAUUCCAAUUCAGAAACCAAUAAAAGUUCAAUCGGAAAAAGAUUGCUCCGCUCCAUACAACAUCAUCAAUAAUUAUUUCUCUGUUGGAGUGGAUGCUGCAAUUUGCGUUAAAUUCCAUUUGGAGCGUGAGAAGAAUCCACAUAAAUUUAACAGCCGCAUGAAGAACAAACUGUGGUACUUUGAGUACGCGACUUCAGAGACUUUUGCGGCCUCGUGUAAAAAUCUUCAUGAAAACAUUGAAAUUGUGUGUGAUGGGGUUUCACUGGACCUAGCAAAUGGACCACAUUUACAAGGCGUUGCCCUCCUUAACAUUCCCUACACUCAUGGGGGUUCAAAUUUAUGGGGUGAACAUUUGUCUCAGAAACGAAUAAGAAAAGGCGGACCAUUUCGGAAGGGUAAGAAAUUGAAAUCAUCGGAUAAAGAGUUAUCAGCGACAAGUUUCAAUUCAGUUGACUUAUCGGUUGCCAUCCAAGAUUUUGGUGAUCGUCUCAUAGAAGUCAUUGGCUUGGAAAAUUGUCUACACAUGGGGCAAGUGCGGACUGGUUUGAGGGCGUCCGGUCGUCGGUUAGCCCAGUGCUGUGAGGUAACAAUAAGGACCCGAAAAACUUUUCCAAUGCAAAUUGACGGUGAACCCUGGAUGCAAGCUCCCUGCACAAUAACUGUCACCCACAAGAACCAAGUUCCAAUGUUAAUGGCCCCUCGCUCCGAAAAGGGCAAAGGAUUUUUCAACUUGUUUUGCAGCUGACUUUCUUCUAUUAGCAGAAGUAGCAGUAACUCUGUUAUUAGUAAUAAUACUAAUUUUAAUAAUUGUAAUCAAUCCACCGUCCAAAUCACGGAAUAGCUUCAAAAGAACAAAAUAUAAAUAAACACAAAUUAAUUUACUAUUAUUAUUCUGUAUAUACAUACAUAACAUAUUUUGAAAUAAAAAUAAAAUGUGUUUUAUAUUUUAAUACAAAUUUACUAAUAGAAUGUAAAUAAAGCUUUAAAUGUAUCGCAAAUUUAUAAUACGAACAUUCACUUGAAAUUUUGUAUUGAAUUUAAUUUAAAUUUUUGAAAAAGACCAACUUUUUUCAUGUAACGAAA